AUGAAGACACACGAGUGUCGGGAAAGCCACUCGAUAAGAGGAAAAGCACGCGGCUCGGAGAAGUUCCUGCGUUUGCGUUCAGCAAGUCACUUCCCCGGGCUGUCAGUGCGACGGGGACCGUGGGGCCCGGGCUGGGCUAAUACCACCGCUCGGGCGGCUUUUCCGGCUGGAGUGGGGAGGACGGCGCGGCCGGGGCGCCUACAACGCGGUGCCUGCCGCCUGCGCUGUGUGCUCUCACCCCGGGAGUCAGGCCGGGAGCACCCCGCGGCGCUGAUGGAGCCGGCGCAGGGCUGUGUGACCUUUGAGGACGUGACCAUUUACUUCUCCCAAGAGGAGUGGGGACUCCUCGAUGAGGCUCAGAGACUUCUGUACUGCGAUGUGAUGCUGGAGAACUUUGCACUUAUAGCCUCUCUGGGACUUACAUCUUUCAGGUCUCAUGUAGUUGCCCAGUUGGAGAUGGGGGCAAAACCCUGGGUGCCUGACCAAGUGGACAUGACUUCAGCCAUGGCAAGAGGGGCAUAUAAUAGGCCUGGGUGUGAUUUUUGCUAUGGACUGGAAAGUGAGGGAUCAUGUUCUCAGAAUAGUGUUUCUGUGGAAGGAAUGUCACAGGACAGGAAUUCCAAAGUGGUUCUGUCCACCCAGAAAGAUUGCCCCUGUGGCAUGUGUGGCCUACCCUUGAAAGACAUCUUGCCCCAGGCUGAACACCAGGCAACACAUCCCAGGCAACAACCAUAUGUGUGUGAGGCACAUGGGAGAGAGUUUGAGGUCAAUGCAAAUCUGCCCCAGAAACAGGUGCAGCAGAAUGUGGACAAGCCUGUCAGAAGGGAUGAGGGAAGGGCCUCACCUGUGAAGAACUGCAGAGACAACUCACCCAAUAAACCUUUCACAUUCAGGGAGGGUGGGAAGGACUUCAUGGGUGGAAAGCCUAGAUCCGGCUUUCUCCAGCAUCAGAUUGCUCAUAGUGUGAAGGAGUCUCACCAAAGCACCAAAGGUGUGAAUUUUCACAACAAAUGUGGUGAGUCUGGGAACACUUUCAGUGACAAACCCAUGUUUGUUCAGCUCCAGAGAAUCCAACCUGGAGAAAGGCCCUAUGAGUGCAGCAGAUGCGGGAUAUUCUUCAGCCAUGCUGCUGGCCUUUCUCAACACCAGAGAGAUCACAAUAGAGGAAAACCUUACGAGUGCUAUGAAUGUGGGAAGUUCUUUAGCCAACACUCCAGUCUCAUUAAACAUCAGAGAGUUCACACUGGAGAAAGCCCACAUGUGUGCAGUGAGUGUGGAAAAUUCUUUAGCAGAAGCUCCAAUCUCAUUCAACAUAAGAGAGUUCACACAGGGGAAAAGCCUUAUGAGUGCAGUGAAUGUGGAAAGUUCUUCAGCCAACGCUCCAACCUAAUCCAUCAUAAAAGGAUUCAUACUGGUAAAAGUGCUCAUGAGUGCCAUGAAUGUGGGAAAUCCUUCAACUGCAAUUCCAGCCUAAUUAAACACUGGAGAGUUCACACUGGUGAAAGACCUUAUAAGUGCAACAAGUGUGGGAAAUUCUUUAGCCACAUUGCCAGUCUCAUUCAACAUCAGAUUGUUCACACUGGUGAACGGCCUUUUGGGUGCAGUGAGUGUGGAAAAGCCUUCAGUCGAAGCUCUGACCUAAUGAAACAUCAGAGAGUCCACACUGGUGAGCGCCCUUAUGAGUGCAGUGAAUGUGGGAAAUUGUUUAGCCAAAGCUCCAGUCUCAAGAGCCAUCGGAGACUUCACACUGGUGAACGGCCUUAUCAAUGCCCUGAAUGUGGGAAAUUCUUUAACCAAAGCUCCAGCCUUAGUAACCAUCGGAGACUUCACACUGGUGAGCGACCUUAUGAGUGCCUUGAAUGUGGGAAAACUUUCAGACAAAGGUCUAAUCUGAGGCAGCACCAGAAAGUUCACAAACCAGAUAGGCCAUAUAAAUGCAGUGAAUGUGGAAAAGCCUUCAGCCAAAGGCCUACCCUCAUCCGACAUCAGAAAAUUCACACUAGAGAAAGGAGUGCAGAGAGAGUUCUCCCUCUUUCAAUACAAGGACAUACACUAGAGAUAAGCUCUGAGACUAGUCUUUAUGAGGGAGCUAUCAGUCAGAAGUUGAACCUUAUUCAUCCAAAUAUCCACACUGGUGAGAUACCUUAUGGAUGCUAGAUGUGAUGGAAGCUUUCUGGAACAAAGUUGCAUUUUUUGACCAUGGACUCCACCAGAGUUGUGUCAUUGCUAGUAUUUGUGGCAAAAGCCAUCUCAGCUGUACCUACUGGCAGGUUUCCAGUGUCAGUCACUCCCUGUGCUCAGAGAAAGCAGAACCCUGCUCUCUUUCCAGGAGGGAACUGUGAGUAGCCUAAGGCCAAAGGAAGAUGUCAUUCCCUCCUAUGACUGGUCUAGCUGUGGACAUGACCCAUCUUUGCCCACGAAGACCUGAGCUUGGUUCUGCUAACAGCCUUCAGAGGAUUUCCCUUUUUCAAGGAUGUUGAUCUUAUGAUGGUUUUAUCCAGCCUCCACAUUACCCAUUUCAUCAACUACUUACUUUACAUUGCUCUGGUUUGGGUGAUAAGGGCCUUACUGAUAAAGCCACCUUUUAUCUUCUGGGUUCUGAUCACUGUGUUCUGUGGGUUGAGAACAGAAUUAAGGUCUACCAAACUAAAGGGGUCUCCAAAUUUAUUGCCUCUGAGGGAAUGGGAGGAUGGCAGAGAAAGCUCCCAGUCCAGAUUUGACCUCAUUAGCAUUGUUACACAAGGACUCCUGGGAAGCUUGUAGGCCUUUGUGACCCUAAUGUGUGAAUGGCAUGAGUUUUUGUAGACCAGAGAUUGUGCUGAGGAAGGGGCAAUGGUGAAAACCUCCAGUGCAUAUGGGAGCAGUGUGUAAUGGGCCCCUUGUUUUCAGGGGUUGCUUCAUAUUCCCUAGCACUGUUGAGCAGACACUGUUUACCUGGCACCUGCAAAGGAGCCAUAUUCCUUGCAGUCUAACAUCUAGUACACAGGUGUUUCUAACUGUAAGACUUACUGGGCCCAGUUGGGAUUACGAUUUGUACAGAAAUAGUGGGGAUGAUAAUAGGGAGUAGGUGAGACUGAAGAAAAUAAGGAGUGUGCCUGUUCUAAAGGUACAUCCACAAAUGUGCCCUUGAAUGUGACUCUGCAGGAUUCAGACCUUGCAGAAAUUCUCAGCACCUCCCAACCUCUCCUAUGCCUAAGGUCACUGGCAGAGCAAAUAAUCUGGAUUUACUGCAGUAUCUCUGCACUAUUCGUUAUCAAAGCCAUUGCUACAUUGGUAAGAAAAUGGGAAGUGAGAGAAGGUGGAUCCUGUACUCUGGGGAUAUAGCAUUUAUGACAGCCAGACAUUUUUUUCCUGCUAAAGCAUGAGGAGUCAAUAUUGGGAUGCUGAAACUUCUAGUUUUCUAAAAGGAGUGGGAGAUUUUUAUGUACAAGUUCUUUUAAUGUUUUAUUGUCAUGCAAUAAUUGAACAUAUUUGAUGUAUGCCAUUUGACAAGUUUUAAAAUAUGUACGCACUCAGGGAAUAAACACCAUAAUGAACCUGUUCACCCACAAAGCUACCUCUUGCCUCUUUACUAUCCCUCCUUUCCUUCUCUGAUAUUUUUUUUUACUAUAGAUUUGUUUCCCUUUCCUACAAUUUUAUACAAUUGGAAUCAUACAAUAUUUAUAAUCUAUUUUUGGUCUACUUUCUUUCAUACAGCAUAUUUGAGAAUCAUCCAUGCUGUAUGCAUGAAUAGCUUGUUCCUUCUACUGCUGAGUAGUUCUCUUGAAUGAAUUCAUCACAUUUUUUUAUGGUUUAUUUUUUAAAUUAAAAAGAAAAGCCAGGAAAAUACACAUAGGACAUACCUCUUAGCCAUCUUUAAGUGUUCAGGUCAGUGGUAUUAAGUACAUUCAUGUUGUGUAACCAUCACCACCAUUCAUAUUAGAGCUCUUUUCAUUUUACAAAUUUGAAACCACACCCAUUAAAAAAUAACUCCCAAUUCCCCACUCCCUCAAGCCUUCCAAAGCCACCAUUCUACUUUGUUUCUAUUAAUUUGACUAUGUACUUCAUAUAAAUGAUGUCAUAUGAUAUUUGUCUUUUUGUGAUUGGCUUAUUUCACUUUGAAUAAUGUCAAGUUUCAUCUGUGUUGAAGCAUGCUUCAGAAUUUCCUUCCUUUUUAAAGCUGAAUAAUAAUAUGCCACUGUCUGUAUAUGCUGUAUUUUGUUUAUCCAUUUAUCCAUUAAUGGAUACUUGAUUUACUUAGGCCUUUUGGCUAUUGUGAAUAAUGCUGCUGUGAACAUGGGUGUACAACUGUUUCUUUAAGACUCUACUUUCUAUUCUUUUGGGUAUAUACCUUUAAGUGGAAUUACUUCAU